CUGAGAGCGAGGAGGGCAAAAGUGCCCUGCUCAUAGUCAGGCAGGAAAUGUGCCAUUUUUCCAUCGGGCUGUUGCUAUUGUUUGUGUUGAAGCUCAGGGGAUGCAGUUUUCCUUGUGAGGAUCUAUCAGGGAGCCAAAAUCCAGCCUGUGCCAUUGCAUCUACUCCAGAUCGUGUGUGCUCUGCUCUGUGGAAAGCGUGAGUGGUUCUGAGCUGUGACCAACCCCAGGCGCUAAAGCAAAGGGUGGUGUGGACAGAAAAACAGCUUCACCUGAACUCUAAACCCUCCUCUGCUGUUCUUUGGACUGGGGAAGGGAUUUUGGAUCCAGCUCAGCAGAAGGACUGGAAUCAGCUGUGGGAUUGCUGCUCGUGGCAGCCCUGGACCAUGGUGGGAUGCAGGAGGAAGAGGAUGAAUGUGCUGCCACGGGCGUGUGCCAGGCUGCUCCUCCUGUCCCUGCUCUGCACCACCAGCAUCUGCCAAUGGAGCAAAAACAAUCGCUGUGUGCUGUCCCGGGCAAAGAGCUGCACCGAGUGCAUCCGGGUGGACAAGGACUGCUCCUUCUGCACCGACGAGAGCUUCGAGGAGCCGCGCUGUGACCUUCGGGAGAACCUGCUGCGCUCUGGCUGCGGCGAGGCCAGCAUCGUGUUCACCCAGGGAGAGAUGAGGACACUGAAGAAUUCCAGCAUCAACAUGUCCCUGCAGAGGACCCAGGUGUCCCCCCAGGCCAUGUACAUGCGGCUGCGGGCUGGUGAGGAGAUGAGCUUCUACAUGGAUGUCUUCCAGCCCACGGAGAGCCCUGUGGAUCUCUACAUCCUCAUGGACUUCUCCUACUCCAUGUCUGAUGAUCUGGACAACCUCAAAAGCAUGGGGCAUAACCUAGCGGACUUCCUGCAAGCCCUGACUUCCAAUUACACCAUUGGAUUUGGCAAGUUUGUGGACAAAGUCUCAUCCCCUCAGACAGACAUGAGACCUGAAAAGCUGCGCGAGCCCUGGCACAACGCAGACUCCCCGUUCUCCUUCAAGAACGUCAUCCGCCUGACCAGCAACAUCAACCACUUCAGCCAGGAGCUGCGCAAGGAGCGCAUCUCCGGCAACCUGGACGCCCCCGAGGGCGGCUUCGAUGCCAUCCUGCAGACAGCUGUGUGCAAGGACAAGAUUGGCUGGAGAAAGGACAGCACUCACCUGCUCGUGUUCUCCACCGAGUCUGCCUUUCACUAUGAAGCUGAUGGUACCAACGUCCUGGCAGGGAUCCUGGCGAGGAACGACGAGCAGUGUCACCUGGACAGCCACGGCACCUACGUGUAUGACACCAAGCAGGACUAUCCUUCAGUGCCCACCCUCGUGCGCCUCUUGGGCCAGCACAACAUCAUCCCCAUCUUCGCUGUCACCAACCACUCCUACAGCUACUACGAGAAGCUGCACAAGUAUUUCCCCAUCUCUGAGAUCGGGGUGCUCCAGGAAGACUCUUCCAACAUUGUGGAGUUGCUCCGCACAGCCUUUGAGCGCAUCCGCUCCAAGAUGGACAUCCGGGCUGACUUCACCCCCAGAGCCCUGAAAACAGAGUUCACCUCCCCGGAAUUUGAAAAGACAGAAUCUGGCUCCUUCCACAUCACCCGUGGAAAAGUGAGCAAGUUCCACAUGCACGUGAAGGCUCUGGAGUACGUUGGAGGGCAGCACGUCUGCAGCCUCCCCGAGAGGGACCGGCACGGAGUCAUCCACGUGAAACCCACGUCCCUGAGCGACAGCCUCACGGUGUCAACUGCUGUCGUCUGCGACGUGUGUCCCUGUGAGCAGCAACAAGAGUUGGACUCGCCCAAGUGUAGCUUCCACGGGAACUUUGUGUGCGGACAGUGCAUCUGCCACCCGGGCUGGCGAGGGGACACCUGCGACUGCUCCCCGGCGUCCUCCCCCAACAACGAAGGCUGCGUCCGGCCCGGGGACGCGGAGCCGUGCUCGGGCAGGGGCGAGUGCCUGUGCGGGAAGUGCCAGUGCUACUCCGAGGGACAGAGCCUGCGCUUCGACGGCGCCUUCUGCGAGUUCGACGUCCUGCAGUGCCCGCGCACCUCCGGCUUCCUCUGCAACGAUCGUGGCCGCUGCUCCAGGGGCGCCUGCGUGUGCGAGAGCGGCUGGGAGGGCCCGGGCUGUGAAUGCCCCACCAGCAACGACACCUGCAUCGACAGCCGGGGGGGCAUCUGCAAUAACCAUGGCCGGUGUGAGUGUGGCAGGUGCAUUUGUGACAUGGCUUCGCUGUACACCAGCUCCACCUGUGAAAUCAGCUACUCCCUGGGCUUCCAGGCCGUGUGUGAGAGCAUCCGGGACUGUGUGCGCUGCCAGACCUGGGGCACAGGCAACCUGAAAGGGAACUGCAGCUCCUGCCACCUCCAGAUCCAGAUGGUGGAGGAGCUGAAGAAAGAGGAGGCUGGUGAGCACUGCUCCUUCCAGGAUGAGGAUGAUGACUGCACCUACCACUACACACUGGAGGGAGACCCCAAUGUCCUCCCCAACACCACCGUCCGUGUGCAGAAGAAUAAAGAGUGCCCGCCUGGGACCUUCCUCUGGCUCAUCCCACUGCUCAUCUUCCUCAUCCUGCUCCUGGGGCUGCUGCUCCUGCUCUGCUGGAAGUUCUGUGCCUGCUGCAAGGCUUGCCUGGCCCUGCUUCCCUGCUGUGCACGAGGUCGCACGGUUGGCUUCAAGGAGGACCACUACAUGCUGCGGCACAGCCUCAUGUCCUCCGAGCACCUGGACACGCCCCUGGUGCGCAGCGGCUCCCUCCAGGGCCGGGACACGGUGCGCUGGAGGAUCCACAACAAUGUCCACAGGCAGGGCAUCGCCUCCCCCGCCGCCAGCAGCCCCAAGGAGCUCGUUCCCUAUGGGCUGUCCCUGAGGCUGGCCCGGCUCUUCACGCAGAACCUGAUGAAACCGGACACGCGGGAGUUCGAGCAGCUGCGCAAGGAAGUGGAGGAGAAUCUGAACGAGGUUUUCAAGCACAUUCCUGGCUGCCACAAGGUCCAGCAGACCAAGUUCAGGUUACAGCCUAAUUCUGGGAAAAGGCAGGAUCACACCAUUGUGGACACAGUGCUCACUGCCCCUUACUCAGCCAAGCCAGACAUCAUCAAAGCUGUGGAAAAACACGUUUCCCACGAGGCCUUCAAUGACCUGAAGGUUGCACCGGGUUAUUACACUGUGACCUCAGACCAAGAUGCUCAGGGAAUGGUGGAGUUCCAAGAGGCCGUGGAGCUGGUGGACGUCCGUGUCCCACUCUUCAUCAGGGACGAUGAUGAUGAUGAGAAGCAGCUGCAGGUGGAGGCCAUCGAGGUCCCCAAUGGCAUCGCAAAGAUUGGGCGCAGGGUUGUCAACAUCACCAUCAUCAAAGAGCAAGCCAGCAGCCUCAUCACGUUCCUGCAGCCAGCCUAUUCCCACAGCCGCUUUGACAAGCUGGCCAAGAUCCCUGUCCUCAGGGAGAUCAUAGACAACGGGAAAUCCCAGGUCACCUACAGGACCCGGGAUCUCACCGCCAAGAACGGCAGGGACUACCUCUUCACGGAGGGUGAGCUGGUCUUCCAGCCUGGGGAGACCCGAAAGGAGGUGCAGGUGCCCUUGCUGGAGCUGACAGAGAUAGACACCCUCCUCAACAGCUGCCAGCUCAAGCAAUUUGCUAUCGACCUCCUCCACCCCAAGUACGGCGCCAAGAUUGGUCGCUACCCCCAGACCACGGUGACCAUUGCUGACCCAGAGCUGGUGGAUGGUGUCCCCUCGAUGACUGGCCUGGCCCAGGUCCCCCAGUCCCCCAAAGGCCGCCUGAGUGCACCACUGAAUCCUGAUGCCCGUGCCCUCAGCUCCAGGGAAAUCAGCUUCAACUGGUUUCCUCCACCAGGAAAACCCCUGGGGUACAAGGUGAAAUACUGGAUGCAGGGAGACCCUGAGUCAGAAGCCCAUCUCAUUGAUGUCAAAACCCCAUCAGCAGAGCUCACCAACCUUUACCCCUUCUCUGACUAUGAGAUGCAAGUCUGUGCCUACAACGCCGUGGGAGAAGGGACUUACUCAGACAUCAUCCGCUGCCGCACGCUGGAGGAGGUGCCCAGCGAGCCCGGGCGCUUGGCUUUCAACGUCGUGUCUUCCACCGUGACCCAGCUGAGCUGGGGUGAGCCUGCAGAGACCAACGGGGUGAUCACAGCCUAUGAAGUCAGCUAUGGCCCCGUCAAUGAGGACAAUGUGCCCAUUGGGCCCCUGAAGAAGGUGCUGGUGGAAGACCCCAAGAAGCGCGUGGUGCUGAUCGAGAACCUGCGCGAGUCGCAGCCCUACCGCUACAUGGUGAAGGCCAGGAACGGCGCGGGCUGGGGGCCACAGAGAGAAGCCACCAUCAACCUCGCCACGCAGCCCAAGCGCCCCAUGUCCAUCCCCAUCAUCCCUGAUGUCCCCAUCAUUGAUGCGGAGGGAGGUGAGGACUAUGACAGCUACCUGAUGUACAGCACAGACGUGCUCCGCUCUCCAGCCGGCAGCAAGAGGCCCAGUGUCUCUGAUGAUUCAGAGCACUUGAUGAAUGGCCGGGUGGACUUCUCCUUCCCCGGCAGUGGCAGUGGCACCCUGACCAGGACAGCCAACACCAGUUACCACCAGCUGAGCUCCCACAUGCACCAGGAGCACAGGGUGAUGGGCAGCUCCUCGCUGACAAGAGACUACUCCACGAUGCUGAUGGGGCACGACUCCAGGAAGCCCCUGGGCAUCCCUGACACCCCCACCCGCCUGGUGUUCUCUGCCCUGGGCCCCACGUCGCUGAAGGUGAGCUGGCAGGAGCCGCGCUGCGACAAGGAGGUGCAGGGCUACAGCGUGCAGUACCAGCUCCUGAGCGGAGGAGAGGUGCACAGGAUCACCAUCCCCAACCCCAGCCAGAACUCGGUGGUGGUGGAGGACCUGCUGCCCAACCACUCCUACAUCUUCAAGGUGAAGGCGCAGAGCGAGGAGGGCUGGGGCCCCGAGAGGGAGGGAGUCAUCACCAUCGAGUCCCAGGUGGACCCGCAGAGCCCGCUCAGCCCCGUGCCAGGUACCCCCUUCACCCUGAGCACCCCCUGUGCCCCUGGACCCCUGGUUUUCACUGCCCUCAGCCCGGAUUCUCUGCACCUCAGCUGGGAGAGGCCCCGCGAGCCCAACGGGCCCAUCCUGGGCUACAGGAUCACCUGUGAGAUGCUGCAUGGAGGAGGGGAGCCCAGGACAAUCUAUGUCGAAGGAGACAACCUGGAAACCACCCUGACUGUGCCCCACCUGAGUGAGAAUGUCCCAUACAAGUUCAAAGUGCAAGCCAACACCACCCAAGGCUUCGGGCCAGAGAGAGAAGGCCUCAUCACCAUUGAAUCUCAGGACAGAGGUGCUUUCUCCCAGUUUGGAGGACAGCAGUACAUGAGAGAAGUUUACAAAUUCCCCACUGACUACACCACCAAAACCAGCAUCAGCCACUCCUCUCUGGAUCCCCACUUCACAGACAGGAUGCUGGUGACCACCCAGCACGUGGAGAGCUCCAGCAGCACGCUGACCCAGGAGUUUGUGAGCCACACGGUGAUGGCCAGCGGGAGCCUCAGCCAGCAGGUGGAGAGGCAGUUCUACGAGGCCUGAGCCCGGGCAGGCCGAGCAUCAGCAGGACUUCUGGGAUCAGUGCCAGGAUUUUAUGGAACAACCCAAAGGUGCUUCACCCAGGUGGUGCCUGGGCAGCUCCUCCUGUGGGCACAGACCUCUGUGGCACUCCAGGCUCUGCACUUCUCCUUUGGAGCCCAGCACACUCAGAGCUCUGGCACAGCUGGGUGGGUAAGCUCAUCCUCCAGGGCAGAAACUGGGGUGUCUCCAUGGCUUCAGCCCCCCCCAGGUGAAUGGAAUGGAAUGAUUUUAUUGUCAGGUCCACGGUUUUGAGAAGAUCUCAGAUGUCAAAACCAUGAUUUGUAGAGGGUCACCAUUUCCAUUUUUGCUCCAGGCUCUCUGGUGACUCACCUGUUCACUGGAGUUGUUUUGUUCAGCAUGGGGGUUUUAUGAGAGCUGCAAGGUAGGGUUUGGGGUAACCUGUGCUUUCUUAUUGCACCUAUUUGUGUCUGUCCUUUGCUGCUGACAUUUGGUACCACGAUAGCAAAGACUAACCUUUCAUUUGUGUUGCAUUACUUG